AACCAAUUAGGGCUUUAAAGAUAUUACAACUCAAGUACAAGUGAUUUUCGCUCCAAUUCUCGCACAAUCGACCUUGAUUUUCGCACCACCAAAGUUCCAUUGAAGCUCUACAUCGAAACUUAUCACUCGGGCAAUUGACCUCCAUAAGAUUGCGAUUGCAACAUUGCGAUUUGGGGGCUGAACAUCAACCAUACCAGGAUGUCCAUGUCGGGUCGGGAAGCGGAAGUUCCGACAAUGAACCUUCGGCUAAGAAGCUCAAAUUUCUGAUGUCGGAGUCGGAGUUGGAGUUGGAGUUGGAGUCGGAGUCGGAGUUGGAAAGCGAAAAUUCUGACAAUGAAUCUUUGACAAAGAAGCCCAAAAUUGUGCAGGACCCUAUUACUGAUGAACUAGCUCAUCUGGAAGCAACUGAGGAAGCUGCAUUAAAAUCAAUAAUCUGGAAUAGGUGCUCGUAUAUUCUGGAAUUGUGCAAGAAACUAUCCGAUCAACUUUACCAUAGAGUGCUUGAUAGAGCUGCCAUGCUGGUUUGCUUGAUCUAUGACAAGGACGAUUUGUACCGGAUGGGUCAUUCUCGCAUUGUUUAUGGCCAAAGGAGCAAGUUUUGGGACGAACUUGAACAGGAUCUUGAACAGUUUACAAAUGUGAGAGGACCACUUUACGAGGCUUGCAAGUGGAUUGUCUGUAAGAAAGUUGAUCAUGAUAGAUACUCUCUUUUGAACGAAAAUGAUGUUGCUGCUUUAUUGUUGAUGUAUUGGAGUUUACCGGAUAGGAAGCCUUAUUUAGAUUUUUAUGACAAGGAAUUUGUGAAGAGUGCUAUUGAUGAUGACAUUCAGGAAGCAAUCAGAAAGGCGAAGCUUUUUCCGAGAUUGAUGGUUGAUCAAUAUACUUGUUUGCUGAUAGAGAUGGUUAGGGGCGAAAGUCAGGAAUGGCUAGAUACUGACUUUGCCUAGAUGAUCUGUAUUAUUUUGUUCAUGGUUAAUUCCCUUACUCUUGAGAAUAUGUAAUGCAAAUUCUCUCUUGGGUGAUGCUGCAGGGCUCCGUACUGCGUUUAAGGAUGAGUUAGCCUCAAGGAUGGCUGCUGAAGGUCAUCCCCCUUAUCACAUAUAUGGGACUGCGUUAACGUUGGCAAAUGCUGAACAACAGCCCGUUCAAGCAGAACAUCUUGCCUUUGCUGUCGUUUUUGGCAAAAAUUUUGACUUUUCUGAGGAGGAGGUGAAAGAAAUGCAGGAAGACUUCCAAAGUUUCAAGACUGCCUUACGUAUGCGCUGCGUGAGUCCCCCAAAUGAUUGGUUCAUGGUCUCGUCCGAGGAAAGACUUAAUUCAGGCUUGUGGGCGACUUUAGAGAUCUAACGUUUUGAUGAUCGUCUUUUUUGUACAUAUAAUUCACUCUACUUUUGCAUCUUGCUGUGCUUAACUUCUUAUGUCCAAAGGUGGAUCCAGAAUGUUGAACCUGCAUGCGGCAGCAUUGCUUUGUGACAUCAAUGUGUAUAUACAUUAGUAUUUAACGGAUGGGCGAAUAGAAUAUUGACAUUACUCUAUGUAAUGCAUUUUUUUUUGUUUCUAUUUAUGCGAAAAUCUAAACUAGCGGAGUAUUUCCUCUGUCUUUUGUAUUUGCUAUAUUUUUAUUCUGGGAAAUCAAAUUAUCAAAUUUGAUCGA